UCUGCAAAACAAACGCGCAGACAUCUUUGAAAAUGCAUAACGCUGGCUUCAAGUUCCAAUAAUUUUGGUGAGAACUCAAGUUAUUUCAACGUUUUUCGGUGAUUUUUUGGUGUGAAAUUGUUCCCGUCAGUGCAAUUCAACCGAGUACGAUGCAUCGACGCGGAGGAAAACGCAUCCGGAUGGAUGAACCGCCACCGGACUUCGAAGAACAUCUCGAGCAACCGUUUCACAGUGAGCCGCUCAAUGAGAGUUGGUCGUCGGGUGGCGCAGGGGAGGGCCCUUCCGAGGAGCACCACCCACAUCCGGAGGAGCAACCGACUAGUGGACGUCCCGGAGCUCGUAUGACGCGUCUGAGAGCUCGGGGUGGAGUUCCGCUGAAGGCUCCCAUAAUCGAUGAUGAUGAUGACGACAUAUUUUUCGGGACGCGAUACGAUCCUCACCAGCAGCAGCAACAGUUGCAGCACAAGAAGCGAAAGGCCCCGAGGAAGGCCCGAGGAGAGGGGGCUCCGAGGGAACCAAGAGAGAAACGGGAGCGGGUUUACCAUCAUGACGAUGAACGUGUGGUCGUUACGGACCGGGAGAGCACGACCGAUGAGAACAGCUUGUACUUUAUUCUGAGGCACUCGAAGUCGGCCAUUACAGGUAUCGUGGACGAUUGGAUCGAGAGCUACAAGCUGGACAAGGAUUCCGCGCUGAUUGCGUUGAUGAACUUCUUCGUUCACGCGAGUGGAUGCAAGGGGAAGAUCACUCCCGAAAUGCAGCAGACAAUGGAGCACACGGCGAUCAUCCGGAAGAUGACUGAGGAGUUCGAUGAGGACAGCCACGAGUACCCGCUGAUCAUGCCGGGGCAGCAGUGGAAGAAGUUCAAGAUGAACUUCUGUGACUUUGUGCAAACGCUGGUCAAGCAGUGUCAGUACUCGAUCAUCUACGAUCAGUUCCUGAUGGAUAAUGUUAUUUCGCUGUUGACUGGAUUGUCGGAUUCCCAGGUCAGGGCAUUCCGUCACACGGCCACCUUGGCCGCGAUGAAGCUGAUGACGGCCUUGGUCGAUGUGGCUCUACUCGUGUCUGUCAAUUUCGAUAAUGCCGCCCGGCAAUACGACGCAGAAAGGUUGAAGCCUCGCGACAAACGCGCUCCGGAUCGUUUGGAAUCGUUGAUGGCCAAACGCACCGAGCUGGAGGAGAACAUGGACGAAAUCAAGAACAUGCUGACGUACAUGUUCAAGUCGGUUUUCGUGCACCGGUAUAGGGACACGUUGCCGGAGAUCCGUGCGAUCUGCAUGUCGGAAAUCGGCAUCUGGAUGCAGAAGUUCUCGCAAAACUUCCUGGAUGAUUCAUACUUGAAGUACAUCGGCUGGACACUGCACGACAAGGUUGGGGAAGUUCGUUUGCGCUGCCUGCAGGCUUUGCUGCCCUUGUACGAAAAUGAGGAGCUGAAGGGGAAGUUGGAACUCUUUACGUCCAAGUUCAAGGAUCGCAUUGUGGCGAUGACCCUGGAUAAGGAGUUUGAGGCGGCAGUUCACGCAGUGAAACUGGUCAUUAACAUAUUGAAGAUUCACCAGGACAUCCUGACUGACAAGGACUGUGAAAUCGUGUACGAAUUGGUCUAUUCGUCCCAUCGUGGCGUCGCUCAAGCCGCAGCUGAAUUCUUAAACGUCCGUCUUUUCUGUCUAGAUGCGGACGCUCAAGUCACCUACACCAAACGUGGCAAAAAGCGUCUGCCGAACACGCCGUUGAUCCGAGAUCUGGUCCAGUUCUUCAUUGAAUCCGAGUUGCACGAACAUGGCGCGUACCUGGUGGACUCCUUCAUCGACAGCAAUCCGAUGGUCAAGGAUUGGGAAUGCAUGACCGAUUUACUACUGGAGGAACCAGGACCCAUGGAGGAAACGCUGGACAACAAGCAAGAAUCGACACUGAUUGAGAUCAUGGUCAGUGCCGUUCGCCAGGCAGCUACCGGAGAACCUCCUGUCGGACGUGGCAGCAGCCGAAAGAUGACCCUGAGCGCCAAGGAGAUCAAGCAAGUUCAGGACGAUAAGCAGAAGCUAACCGAACACUUCAUUCACACACUUCCGCUGCUGCUUCACAAAUACAGCGCCGACAGCGAGAAGCUCACGAACCUGCUGGCCAUCCCACAGUACUUCGACCUGGAGCUGUACACCACAACCCGACAAGAAGCCAAUCUCCAAGCCCUGCUGGACAAGAUGACCCACAUCAUGGCGAUCCAGAUCGACCGGGAAGUGCUCGAAACGUGCGCCAAAACGUUCGAAUUCCUCUGCACCGAAGGCAGCGCCAUCUACACCCGGUGCGACGUGGCCAGAUCGAACGUCAUCGACGAGUGCGUCAAUCGCUACAAGGAGGCCAUCGACGACUACCGCAAUCUGAUCGCCGGCGAGGAAACUCCCAACGAGGACGAAAUCUACAACGUCAACAUCAGUCUCAAGAAGGUUUCCAUCCUGUACUCGUGUCACAAUCUGAACACCUGGAACCUGUUCGACUCCCUCUACCAGGACAUCGAGGAGAGCCUCUCGGAAAACGCCGGCGACAACGGAAUCCCCCACGAGGCUCUGGUCUACUGCAUCGAGGCGUGCGUCUUCUCCAUAAACUGGGGCCUAUACUUCCUGGAGAACACCAUGGACCGAUCCGCGGCUUCCGAAGUCGACGAACUCUCGCUGAACCUCCAGAAGUACAUGAACGCCUGCAACGAGCUGAUGCACUACGACGGCGCUCCAACCGUCCAGGAAGCGGCCUACAUGUCCAUUUGCGACCUCCUAAUCGUAUUCAGCGACCAGCUGGCCACCCAUCCGAACGAAAACAUCCGCAAGCUGGUGUACACCCCGAGCACGGAGCAGCAAGCUUUGCUGAACGAGUUCGUCCAGGCGAACGUGUUCUCCACUGAACAGGAGGAAGGUCACGACGAAACCCGCAUCGAGGAGCUGCACAAGCGGAGAAACUUCCUGGCGGCGUACUGCAAGUUGAUCGUGUACAACAUCCUGCCGAUGAAGUCGGCCGCGGACAUCUUCAAGCACUAUCUGAAGUGUUACAACGAGUACGGCGACAUCAUCAAGACCACGCUGGGCAAGACGCGCGAAAUCAACAAGGUCAACUGCGCCAUGACCAUGUGUCUGAGCUUGAUCAACAUCUUCAAGGAUAUCCAGGAGGCGUCCCCGGGUGGACGCGUUUCACGAAACUCCCAAGAGUUCCAAGAUCUGAAGGAAUUAGCCAAACGGUUCGCGCUCUCGUUCGGACUGGACGCGGUCAAGAACCGAGAAGCGAUCACAGUAUUCCACCGGGCGGGAAUCCUUUUCGCCGUGGCGGUUCCGCACGAUGCGUACGAGGACGUUUCGGCACCGCCGCCGUGCAUAGCGUUCCUCGAGGUGCUGGCCGAGUUAACUAACAAGCUGAUCAAGCAGGACAAGAAGUUGAUUCUCAGCUUCAUGGAGCGCCGGUUAACCGCGGCAAUGCCGUCCAGUCGAUCGGAGGACUGGCAACCGCUGAUGACGUACAAGAAUUCGCUGUUGCACGGGGAAACCGACCAGAUGCCGGUCACAUCGAAGCGGGCCUACUCGCGGAAGAAGAAGGACUACGAUCACGAUGACGACGAGGAGCACGACGAUGAGGACGAUCAGGAUUAUGUUGCGUAAGGUGUUGGAUAUCUAUAUAGUAAGUAUGGUAUAGACUUAAAUGAGUUGCAGAUUCCAUUAUGAUUGAGAAGCUUCUAAUUGGUCGUCUAGUUAAUAUAUUACAUACAUGUAUUAGUGUA